GCUCUUUCAUCGAAAUCUCUCUUCGUGGAAAUCGUUAUGACUUCACCACAACCGUCGCUUCCUCUCGCUGGCAGAGUUGCCAUAGUCACCGGUUCUUCUCGUGGUAUCGGGAGAGCCAUCGCGAUCCACCUCGCUGAACUCGGUGCGAAGGUCGUUGUGAACUACACAACUAAAUCAGCUGAGGCUGAGCGUGUUGCGGCGGAGAUCAACGAACUUCCAGCCACCGGAAAGGGACCAAGAGCGAUCGUGGUUCAGGCGGAUGUCUCAGAGCCAAGUCAAGUGAAAUCGCUGUUCGAUGAGGCGGAGAAGGCCUUCGAGUCGCCGGUUCAUGUUCUGGUUAACUCGGCGGGAGUCCUCGAUGCCAAAUACCCUACGAUCGCAAACGCAACACUCGAAGAUUUUGAUCGCACUUUCAGUGUGAAUACAAAAGGGGCGUUCUUGUGCAGCAAGGAAGCUGCCAAUAGGCUCAAACAAGGAGGCGGUGGUCGGAUCAUACUCCUCACAUCUUCCGUAACCCGCAGCUUGAAGCCUGGAUAUGCUGCCUAUGCAGCAUCAAAGGCGGCAGUGGAAACAAUGGUCAAGAUCCUUGCGAAAGAGCUCAAAGGAACAGGGAUCACUGCAAAUUGCGUUGCUCCAGGACCCAUUGCCACUGAGAUGUUCUUUGAAGGAAAGAGCUCGGAGUUGGUGGAAAAGACAGCCGCAGAGUCUCCUUUUGGGAGGGUGGGCGAAGUCAAAGACGUGGUGCCGCUUGUUGGGUUCUUGGCUAGCGAUGGUGGUGAAUGGAUCAAUGGUCAGAUCAUUCCUGUUAAUGGUGGUUAUGUGUAAAAAGAUUGGUCUUUAGUAUUAGCCUCAUUGAUGUUCUUUAUGUUUGCAGAUGUGUGGUUAGGUUGUUGGUUGUCCAGAUGAUUAUAUAAAACAAUAAUAACAAGAUAAUGAUUCUGAUUUGAUGCUCAGUUAGAAAGAUAACCUAAAC